UGACAGUAUAGCCAUCUAUCUUCCACUCGCAUCGCAGUCUCUCUGUCAGUAUCCGCGAUAUGAGCGCUAUAGGCCUAAUGGCACGAAGCAUGGUAUCUCUGCGUCCGAAAGGAAUCGUUUCAGCGCACCUGUGCUUGGCCGUGGUUAUCGCAUCAGCUUGGAUGUCAUUGAUGAGACCCGUGCGAUGUGACAGCGGCGUUUUACACAGGAGCGACGGGGAUCGUAUGCUUGACAGCGGCGGCGUUGUAGGCAUAGACGGGGGAGAAGAAGUGUUCGGAUCGGGCUUGGGUGAUAAUGAUGGGAACGCGGGCGACGUGGAAUCCCCGCGCUUCAGGAGAGCACUAUCCCAAGGGAAAGUGUCCCUGCUCAGCAGCUCGUUCGUGCUCAAAGGGGAUGCCACUCACAACCAGGCGAUGGUGCACUGGACGGGGGAGAACAGCAGCGUCAUCCUCAUCCUGACCAAGUACUACCACGGUGACUCCAGCAAGGUUCUGGAGAGCUCCCUCUGGAGGUCUAGUGACUAUGGCACCACCUACGGCAAGCUCAACCUGAUGCCUGGGACAACUAUCGUGGUCUCUAACUUCUACAUCUGCCCCACCAACAAGAAAAAGGUGAUCCUGGUGAGCUCGUCCAUUAACGAGCGUGACCAGAUGCUGUUCAUUAGUACAGACGAGGGCUCCUCGUUCCAGCGACAGCCCCUCUCCUUCACCGCCGAGACUCUCGUCUUCCACCCCAAGGAGGAGGACAAGGUGCUGGCUUACUGCAAGGAGGGAAAGCUCUACGUGUCCACGGAUUUGGGCCGGAAGUGGAUUCUAAUGCAGGAACGAGUGACCAAGGACAGGAUAUUUUGGUCUGUGGCUGGUGUAGAUGUGGACCCUGACUUGGUGCAUAUGGAGAUGCAGGACACAAGUGGAGGGUACCUGUAUGUAACCUGUCUGAUCCAGAACUGCUCAGACAAGAUGGUGACGGCUCAGUUCCUGGGGAAGAUCGACCACAACUCUCUCUCAGUCCAAGACGACUACAUCUUUGUCAAGGUGACCACAGGAAACCGCACCAAGCACUACGUUUCAUACCGACGGAAUGAGUUUGUCCAGAUGAGGUUCCCUAAAUACGCCCUACCAAAGGACGUCCACAUAGUGAGUACAGAUGAGAAGCAGGUGUUCCUGGCCCUGCAGGAGUGGUACCAGACAGACACCUACAACCUGUACCAGUCAGACCCACAGGGAGUUUACUACUCCAUCGUGCUGGAGAACGUCCGCAGCACCAAGCAGCCUGAGGAGAGCGUCCUUAUAGACAUACUGGAGGUCCGUGGGGUCAAAGGGGUCUUCCUGGCCAAUCAGAAGGUGGAUGGCAAAGUGAUGACUCUCAUCACCUAUAACAAAGGCCGAGACUGGGAACCCCUAGCCCCGCCUACCACUGACAUGAACGGCAAGCCGGUCACCUGCAAAUCACCUGACUGUCACCUCCACCUCCACCUGCGCUGGGCUGACAACCCUUACGUAUCAGGGACCGUCCACACCAAAGACUCCGCCCCCGGACUCAUCAUGGGCGCAGGUAACCUGGGUUCCCAGCUGGUGGAGUAUAAAGAGGAGAUGUACAUCACCUCUGACUGUGGGAAGACCUGGAGACAGGUGUUUGAGGAAGAGCAUCACAUCCUGUACCUGGACCAUGGAGGGGUCAUUGUUGCCAUCAAAGACACCUCCAUCCCCCUCAAAAUACUCAAGUUCAGUAUCGAUGAGGGAAGGACCUGGACCAUCCACAACUUCACCAGCACCUCAGUGUUCGUUGAUGGACUUCUGAGCGAACCGGGAGAUGAGACACUGGUCAUGACGGUGUUUGGUCAUAUCAGUUACCGGUCAGACUGGGAGCUCGUCAAGGUGGACUUCAGACAGUCAUUCCCCAGACAGUGCACUGAGGCCGACUACGACUCCUGGAAACUCACUGACCUGAAGGGAGAGAAGUGCAUCAUGGGUCAGGAGAGGAGUUUCAGGAAGAGGAAGGACACCGCAUUCUGCAUCAAGGGGAAGAGCUACACCUCCGCCCUCACUACCAAGCCCUGCCAGUGCACCGAGAAAGACUUCAACUGUGACUUUGGGUUUGAGCGUGCUCAGAGCCUGAAGACCGAGGGAGAUAGAUGCUUCGCUGACUUCUGGCACGACCCAGACUCGCCGCCUGACGACUGCCAUCUGGGACACGACUUCGAGUCCAGCACUGGGUACAGGAAGGUUGUGUCCAACAUGUGUGAAGGCGGAGUGAACAAGCAGCAGAGUGCCAAGCAGCACACCUGUCCUCUGCUGCCUCCCAGAGGCCUCCAGCUGGGCAUCAAGGGACAGAUGCUGGCCAUGGCGCCUGGUGAUGACAUCACCUUCAUCGUCCACCAGGAACAGGGUGACACCAGCAACACUAAGUACCAGGUGGACCUGGGUGACGGGGUGAGGGCCAUCUACCAGAACCUGACGGUGACAGACGAGCCCAUCCAGCACCGCUACGAACAGCUGGGGGUCUACCGCGUCACCGUCAAGGCAGAGAACAUGGCCGGACACGACCAGGCCAUCAUGUACAUCCAGGUCACAGCCCCUCUACAGGAAGUUCACCUGGAAGUAGUUCCCAUUGCCAGGGUUAACCAGGAAGUCAACCUGACAGCUGUGGUGCUUCCUUCAGAGGCCAACCUGACUGUCUUCUACUGGUGGAUAGGAGACAACCUACAGCCCAAGCUGUCCCUGGAGAACAGUCUGAUAACGCGGUUCCCUGAGGAAGGAGAGGUGUCUGUCACUGUCCAGGCCUCUAAUGGACGCUCCAUGGUGCAGGACACCAAGACAGUCCGCAUCUACGACCGUUUCCAGGUCAUCCCUCUGGCCUUCAGCAGUAACCUGGACCUCCUCAACCCCAACAUCCCAGAGUGGAGGGAGGACGUGGGUCAGGUGGUCACCAAGAUUCUGGCCAAGAUCACAGGUAUCCCCCAGGAGUCCCUGGUAACCAUGGUGAAGCCGGGCCUGCCCACCACAGCCGACCUGUACGUUCUCCCACCAGAGAGCAAGCCUGCUAAGAGGAGUGUGUUUGUGGAUAAGCGUAUCCCUGCCAUCAAGCAGGCCUUCAAUGAGAACAACGUUAGCUUCAUCGUACGAGGAGGUCUACAGGUGUUGGUGACUUUAGCUGACCCUAACGCAGGUUCUCAGGGUGGAGUGGCAGGUCCAGGUGUCUGGGCUCUGGCUGUCAUCUUCCUCAUCAGCGUCAUCGGUACCGGAUCCUUCAUCCUCUACAAGUUCAAGAGUCCUUGGCUUAGGACUGAGGAUGCCUAUCCUCCACUGUUUUUCAGAAAGCUGCCUGGCCGGAACGUGUACGCCCAGAUGCACAAUGAGAAGGAGCAGGAGAUGACCAGCCCUGUCAAUCACAGCGAGGACACGCAGCACAUCAUCCAGGGGGAGGAGUUUAUCGAUGACGAUCUGGACUCGCAGACUCUAGGUAACGCAGGAGGUAGCCCCGCCUUCCGUUCCCUUAUAAGGACUAACCCCCACUACUACUAACAGAACAGCCUGCUACUACUCACAAGCCCAUGCAGCUAACGCAAGGUAACCACUCGGGCGUGGUGCUGAGCAUCAACUCCAGAGAGCUGCACAGCUACCUGACCAGCUGAUGGCUGAACACGGACACACUAACCAGCUAGCCAUGCUAAAGAGCUAGCCAUGCUAACGAGCACAGGGAUCUCUACUCUGCCUUCCUUCUGUCUCUCUGUCUGACUAACCAAUCCACCACUCCCCUUACAGAGGAAGAGAGAAACCACCACAGUACUACAGUCUAGCAGUACUCCCUCUCUCUCCUCCGAUUCCUCUCCUUCUCUCCACGGCCCCUCGCUCCCUCGUUCCGAAUCUCGCUCUCACCACGGGACCAGAGGGACACUUAUCCUCCGUUCUGCUUCUCCCUCAAUCCCUCUAUCCCUCCUUCCACUGUGUUACUGUAACAUCAGGGGUGUGGGCCAACUCUGCUUUUUACCCAGUGUCCUUUGCACCCAGUGUCCUUUGCACCCUGUGUCGUGUUUGCUCGGUGUGUUCUCAUUGGCUAAACCCCUCGGAGACUGAUUGGACGCCACCCAGUGAGGAUGGAGCGUUCCGGUGACAUCACAGAGAGGACACCCCGCCCACUGGCCUACUAUUUAAAACGCUCUGUACUGUAAUACUCAUCUUUUUACACACUAGGUAGUUCCCAGAUAUCAUAGUACACUAGUAGAAGAAGAAUAGUGGGGUGCACAAUAUGACCAAAACAGAGCCAUGCAAUGACCAGGCCAUAGCCGUGAAAAGGACAUAAUUCUCACACACAGUCUGGGUACUGUACUGUAUGUGGUUUAGUAGUGGAGAAAAGAGAGGUAAAUAUGUUAAUAUCUUUGUUACAACUCUGGGGGAUCCUACAAAAUGAAGAUAAGGUUUUUAGGAGAAUAGUAUUUUUUUUAAACAAUCCCAUAAUUUGCAAUUGGCGCCUUCUCUGUUUUUCUCUCUCUCACUUAAAUGCAAUAAUACUCUUUCUCAGGAAAGAAUUAGAUGAAAUGCCCCCUUUAAAUCUGCAGGGAUGUUAUAUGAAGGAUAGGGUGUGGAAAGGGAGCAGUCUCUGAACCAAUGAUGUACAUAAAUCCUGGAUUGCGUAUGCUAUGUAUUGGCCAUUGAGAGGCUUUGAAACCACCGGUCGGCCAUAUUGGCACUCCCCAGUAGGAGCGGUCC